CUUAUCGUGAAAAAGUUCCUCCCCUGUUGUUGAGAAUCCCCAAUUUUCUUGCUGUCGGAUAUCGAUGACCCACUUGGGUAUGGACAUCCACGGAGAUGCUGAGGGUGAAGAGUGGGAGAGGUUGAGGUCUUGUACUUAAGAGGUAGAUGUCGCUAAGGCUGGGAAGAGUGUUUGCAUUAAACAAAGAGGGAAAAUGGCAACAACAGCGACAGGAGAUGCGACAAUGCCAAUUGCAAUCAAAGAGAAGGAGACUAAGAUCAUUGCUUCGGAGUCAACAAGUGAUGUUGAAUCUGAUUCCUCGUCAACGAGAAGACCAGGAUCGAUAUGGACCAUCAUCGGCUGCGCACUUGCCAACUUCUCUGAUGGAUAUCAGCAGAGUCUGGCGUCUUCAACAAAUGUAGUCUUCAACCACAUCCUCGGAACAAAAGUCUACACCUCCGCCAUCCAAACCCGAAUCUCAAACGCCCUCCUCGUCGGCUCUGUCAUCGGCAUCGUAGUCCUAGGCUACACAUCCGACAAAUUCUCUCGAAAGGGGGGCAUGCUCUUCACCUCCGCGCUCGUCAUAAUCGGCUCCCUCCUCGCAACCCUCGCUUUCCAAGUCCACCCCUCGCACAACAUGCUCUGGUUCCUCACCAUCGCGCGCGGUAUAGCAGGCGUGGGAGUCGGCGGCGAAUACCCCACAUCCGCAGCAGCAGCACUCGAAGGCUCCAACGAGCAUUUCGACAACCAGCGCGGGCCCAUCCAAGUCCUGAUCUCUACCUUAAUGGCUACUUCCAGGUCUCCCGUCUGCACUUUCGUAUACCUAGCUUCUUUACUGGCUUCGAAUAAUAACCUUAAAACGGCUUAUCAUGCCAUCUACGCUAUCUCUAUCUUCCUCCCUCUCCUCGUCGUCCUGUUUCGUCUUAAGAUGCAAGACGGUCUCUUGUUCCGCAAGAGCAAUUCCAAGAAACGGCACGUUCCCUGGAAACUCGUUCUCCGCAAAUUCUGGUUACGGUUGCUAGGAACGAGCGCUGCCAGCUAUCAUCAACUCUCUCUAGUCCCAGGAAAGAAUGUGCGUACCGUCGCCGUUUGGCAACUCAUACUAGCCCUCUUUCCUGUUCCUGGGGUAUUAAUCGGAGCUUGGCUCGUAAAUAGAAUUGGGCGGACAUGGACCGGAAUCCUAGGCUUCGGCGGGUACGUGGUUCUAGGCUUCAUAAUAGGAGGGUGCUACGAACUUCUCACCACGAAAAGCAUCCCGGCGUUCGUGGUGCUGUAUGGAUUGUUUCAAUGCAUGGGGCAUAUGGGACCAGGCGCCACGAUCGGCUUGAUCUCUGUGGAGAGCUAUCCGACGGCCGUCAGGGGCAUGGGAUAUGGUGUCUCGGCGGGGUUUGGGAAGGCGGGGGCGGCGAUCGGGACGCAGGUGUUUACGCCGAUUGAGGAGGUUGCUGGGAAGGCGGCGACGUUCUAUGUGGCGGGCGCGGUGGCGGUGGUGGGGAUGGGGGUUUAUUGGUUUUUGCCGGAGGGGAGGAGCGUUGAUUUGAGGGUUAUGGAUGAGGAGUUUGAGGGGUUUAUGAGGGAGGAGGGGUAUGGGGAGAAGGUGGAGGAGAGAAGCUAGAUAGGAAAGCUGAAAAGAAGAUUGAGGUGACUUGAUAUUGGGUUGUGAGGUCUUUGCUUUUAUUUAAAACAGUGAGAAAGCCGAAAAGAGACUUUGUAACUGUGAUUAUGACGUGUGAUAUCUUUAUCUUCUCUGAAGGAGUCGAAAAAGUUGAGAGUGAGGCCAAAUUUCACAGAUGGAAGAAUGAGACAUACCUAAUAGAGUUCUGGUAGCUACAGUAAUAGACAUGAAUGC